AUGCCAGAGCUCGAGACACGAGUGGUGGGCGCCGAUGUGCAGAAGGUGGGUCUUGGCUUCGGCGCCGUGCCCCCAAACCCGCUGCUGGUGGAGCGGGUGGUGGCGGAUUCCUGGGGCGAGCGGCAAGGAUUCAAGGGCGGAGAGCAGAUCUUGGCUAUCAAUGGCAAGCUGGUCUCGCUGAUGAGCAGCGAUGACUUCAAGAAGGCCAUGAACGGACGGCCCAUCGAGCUCUUUGUAGACUGGACCCAGGCGGAGGAGGGGGUGGUGGAGAUUGAGAUGUUGAGGGUGGGCGAAUCUGUGCAGAAGAUCGGCCUGGGUUUCGACACCGCGCCCCCGGACCCGGUCUUCGUGAACCGCGUGGCGGCCAAUUCCUGGGCGCAGGAGAAGGGCUUCCUGGGGGGCGAGCAGAUCCUCGCCAUCAACGGCCUGCUGGUGUCGAAGAUGGACAUCGACGAUUUUAAGAAGCAGAUGAGAAGCCGGCCGAUCGAUAUCCUGAUCGACUGGACUGCAGAGGAUCCCAGCAAGAUGAUCGCCACUUUGGAGGCGGACGAGACGGUCAAAGACCUGGGCCUCUUCCUGCCCUUUGCCUCGCCGCUGCUGGUGGCUGCCGUGAAGCCCGACGCCUGGGCUGCCCAGAUGCGACUGAAAGGCGGCGAAGCGGUUUUGGAGAUCAACGGGGUUGCAGUGACGAAGAUGACUGCAGACCAGGUGGCCGCCGCCCUGCAGCGCCGGCCCCUGGCGAUGCUGAUGAAUCGCGCCCCAAAGGCCAAGGAGGAGGAAGGUCCUUUCCCCCGACGCUUGGUCACACUCCAGCUUCGCAGCAUUUGUUUCAUCCACGACAUCCUGGCCGUUGCCUUUGGCACUGGCCAGACCUUGGCAGACACCACAGAGGCAUUGCGCCAGGGCUUGGCCAUGGGCGACGAGGAGGGGAUGCUGCCGAGGAUUCGCGUCGUGCGCUUCCACGGCGUCUUCUUCUGCCUGGACGGGCGCCGCCUGCGGUGCUUGCUGGAUGCUGAGGGGCCACAGGCGGAGGUCUGGGAGGAAUGCUUCCAGCAGGUCAAAGAGGAGUUCUUGGGCAAGCUGGCGGCUUCCCUGCCCUUGCAGGCGCCUGGGCGUGGACCAAAGCCUGACGUGCCUCGAGACGUGUGCCGGAGCUUCACGCUGAGUUUGUUCGACGACCGGGACCAGUCGGCUUUGGAGGCCGUGGUGCGCCGUAGCUUCGAGGAGCGGAUCGAGCGGCUGCGCCAGGAGUGCGACGGCUCUUGCGCUGCCCUGGCGGAGGUGCAUUUGCAGCUGCACCAGAAAGACGCCAGCCUGGCGGCUGCGGUGAUGCAGACUUUGGGCAAGGUCAGUGUCCUCACCGCCAUGGACUUCUAUCGCUUCCUUCCGAAGCCGCCGCGAAUGAAGCAGCUGCAGGAGGUGCUGCGGCAGCUGAUGGAUGCUGGGAAGGUGCUGGUGCAGGGCUCGGCGGAGGAGCAGAGGUACUUUCGCACUGAGAUGCCGUCCGGCCACCCGUCCCUGCACAUCGAGCGCGAGGAUGGGAAGUGGGUCAUCCGCGCGAAUGCUCCUCGAGGCACUCCCUGUGAGGCCUUUGCUGCCUGCAGUCUUUGGCGGCCCCCGCGGCCAAAGCCGGACCCGAAAGCCACAACCAAGGCCAAGCCGCGCCCCCCUCCCCCGCCUCCGGAAGUGCAUGUGGAGCUUCGCGGCUGGUCGGAAGUGAUGCUGGGAGUAUGGCCGGAGGACACCGAGCUCCGGUACCUCUUCGCUGCCCCCCUCCCACAUCAGGAUACGGAGGUGGAGAACCCGGUAGCUCCUCUCCCGGCGCCGGGGUGGUGGAUUUCCUGCAGCAGCGGGGCACGCCUGGGCGGAGGCCGCCGCUGCGCCCCGCUGGCUUGGAACCCCCCGGCCCGGAAGGAGGGCGUGCGCUGGGCGGCGCGGUUUGAAGCAUCGGGUCCGGCCGUGACCUUCGCAUGCGCGGAGAGCGGCCGGGACUUCCAGUGGGAAGGCCGGCGCUGGUUCGGAGAGGUGCCUGUGCCGGGCACUUUGGAGCGGCACGCGCCGGCGCUGCUGCUGCAGCUGCAGGAGGGCGCUGAGGUGGUCUUGCAUGAGCCGAGCUUGUGCACGCGGCACCGCUGGAAGACCGCGCUCUGCUGGCUCUCCGCGCUGGUGCUCGGCGCGCUGCAGUUCGUGGUGCCUUACUUGAUCCCCGGGUGCAAAGACCUGGAUGAUGAUGAGUUGGAGGAAUGCAUGGGGCCUGGCUGGUCCAUCUACUUUGCCUUUAUCGAGGGCGUCUGUCGGGUCUCCGUGGGAAUUCUCCUGGUGGAGUUCAUUUGGAAGGUGCCGAAGAUGAAGUUCCACUGCCCCAGGACCUGCGGCCACGCCACAGGCCUGGGCUUCUCCUGGAUCUUCGCGGGCCUCACCUUGCGCCCCAAGUCCCUGGCGAUUGGCUCGGAGAUGCUUGCCCACUACUGCUUCUGUCAGGGGGACCUGGAGGCCAGCGGCCUGAAGUCUGGAGCCAAGCUGGAGGUGAAGCACGAGUUCUUCCCCGGGCACCGGUUCCAGUGCCGCAUCCUCGCCAAGUGGCUGGCUGCUGUCUUGGUGGCAGUGCUGUGGAUGCGGAGCAUUUGGCUCGGUGAUGACAUGCUCUGGGAGUGGCGCCUCCUCCUGCUGCUGCUGAACGCGGUCUGCUGGACGGGCAUCGCCUGGGAGCUCGCUGCGGCGGUGCGUGACCGGCGCCUGCGGUUCCUGGACACCGUGCCCAACUUCGAGAUCCCGGAGCCCACGUACAAAGAAGAUGAUGACGGAUCCGCGGAUUUGGGUUCUAGCGAUUUCUCUGAAUCAGACUCCAGCUCCGCACGUUGA